GGCGUCUGGCAGAGCGGGUCGGGCUCAGUGCGGUGGCCCCGGGACCGGCUCGGCGCCUCUCCUCCCGGCCGGCAUCGGCCCCUGCUCGCCGCGUCACCCCCGCCAUGUCCGGCCGAGGGAAAUCCGGCGGCAAAGCGCGAGCCAAAGCCAAGUCGCGCUCCUCCCGGGCCGGCCUCCAGUUCCCGGUGGGCCGCGUGCACCGGCUCCUGAGGAAGGGCAACUACGCGGAGCGGGUCGGGGCCGGGGCACCCGUCUACCUGGCCGCCGUGCUCGAGUACCUGUCGGCGGAAAUCCUGGAGCUGGCCGGUAACGCCGCCCGGGACAACAAGAAGACGCGGAUCAUCCCCCGGCACCUGCAGCUCGCCAUCCGCAACGACGAGGAGCUCAACAAGCUGCUGGGCGGGGUGACCAUCGCCCAGGGCGGCGUCUUGCCCAACAUCCAGGCCGUGCUGCUGCCCAAGAAAACCCAGAGCUCCAAGAAAUGAGCCCCGAGCCACCCGCAUUCCCAGAAGGUCAAUCGGUCCGCGAUGCGGUGCAGCCAACAUUGGCGUUCCCCUCGUGUCCUCUCCGUGUGCCCACUCUCCGCCCCGGCCCCCACAUUCCCUCCAUUGCUGCCGGGGGGCACUGCCCUCCUGACCCCCGUGUGCUAGCUUUGCAGUCCUGCAGCAGGGGAGGAUGUAGCUCUUAUUACAGAAUGAUUAUGAGCCUGUGAUUCUUUCCCUUCCUCUCCAGCCCCCAGCAAGGGGGGAGGGAAGGAAGGAAGCAAGCAGUCUGAAUUUGAAAUAAUAAUCAUUAAUUAAUAAUAAUAAUAAAAAAGCCCUUACCCGGGUGCCAGCACCCUGCCUGGUGCUCCUAGAUUGCUUUCUGGACUGUUAGGCUGCACAGCUAUCCUUCCAGGGUUGCUAGUCAACAACUCUGUUCUCAGAGCAGCAUCUGUAGGGUUGGUGGCUUGUUUUUCUGGACCUGCUCACAUUUGGUUGGAAGAAGUGUUUGGGAGAAGGAAGAAUUGGUUGGUUCUUUCUCUUUCCCUCCCGCUCCGGAGGGUGUAACUAACUGCAAGGGAAAAUAUUUUGCGCAGUGAGAACUCCAGCCUGGAGCAGGAAGAGACUGGGCUCGGUCAAUACUCUUUUUAUUUAUGUUGUGUUUGUGGAUGUAACCGAAGAUACCAUGCCUUUCCUUUGUAUUGUACCUGGAUAUUAUUUGGGGGGUGGGAGAAUCAUGGAGGGUGAUCUCUCCCUAUUGCUUAAAUUUUGCACGAAUGAUCUACUUUACUUUUCUCACCUUGCUCCAUGCAGGAGGUAGGGAAGUUCAGGAGGGUGAUAAUUUUACCUGUUGUUGCUGCACAUCCCCAGAAAUGUGAUCACAAAUGGACUUAGUAAGGACAAGGAGGGUGGGAGGCCAGGAGACUUUCCAAAUGUGAAAAAGAAGGUAUCUGAAUGACUAGUUCAUCCUAGAAACAGAUACAAGUCUUGUUUUGUUCAGUGGUAUAAGCUAAGAUGUUAUCAACUGUAAAAGAGCCCUAACUUGGGUCUCCUGUUAAGUUUUGAAUCCCUUACUGUAGCUGUCUGGCUGAGUUCAUGCACUCAGUGGACUAGUAGGAUUUAGUUAUUUCUCAUUAGUUAGUGUGGGUCCUGUAUGGUUUGGGGGAAAGGGUGCACUUGAAAAUACUCUAAAAGAGCAUUACAAGGUCAUGAGUUUACCAUUGGCAGGGAAUGGAAGCUGCCAUUGGUUUCUUUUCUUUUUUGGUCAGAUUAAUAGCCUUAUGUUGCAGAACCUCUUACUUUUAUUGAGAAUUUAGCACUUGUACCCUAAUUGCACUUUAUAAUGACAUGCAGUGUUUUUGUUCAUCACUACUUCUGGGUCUUAAAAUGAAGUGCUAAUUAUACAUUUGUUAAUAGUAAUCCUCCUUAAUGGAUUAAUGUUUCAUUUUUUU